AUAUGUGUCAAAAGUAAUCUUUUAACUGCAGUGUUUUGAAUGGCUUUGCGUGUACCCUGCACCAAAGAGCAAGAUCUCGUCAUAAGUGUGUGCUAGUUCUUGUCAUGUCAAAACAUUGAAAUAUCAAGCUAAAUAUAACAGCGUGUUGCCAAAAAAAAAAAAGGAAAAAAAAACAGCGUUUACCACCUUUCAGUGUCUGCGGUCUCUCCCCCAGCCUCUGCGUUUGUGUGGUGCGCAUACAGGUAAUAAGCUGCUCCGCCACUGCGCAACGAUGGAGCUAUCACAACGAUGGAGAUGACGCAAACAGAGUCAGCUCUCCGAAAAAGUGUUUCAAGACGAACAUGGCGGCAACUUAACCGAGGUCCAAGAUGACAGUGGCCACCGGGAGAUCCGAUUCGAGGCUUUCCGAGAAACUCAUCUACCUGCGUCGAGGGGGCUCCUGGCUCUCCUUUAAGUGAAUCUGCGGAUCGAGCGGUGGCAGACGCGCAGCAUCAGCACCGAGAGGCUCGCAACAGCUGGUCUCCCUUGCGCGCCCCCCUGACAAGCGAACAAGCCCGGAGAGGGGACGACAGGAAAGAGGUGGGGGUAUGCGGUCAAAAAGGACGCCGUUCCCCCCCGGAGAGCCAUGGAGAACCGGGAUGCGGCAGCGCGAAGCUUAAUCUGUGUGGGCACGCUAAUUGGUUCGGAAUAGCACCGACUUGCUGCGGGGCACGAUAGCAGGAGCGCCCUGGACCGGCGGAGGCUCGGAACCCCCCUCCUACCGCUGCAGAAGAGAACCAACCGGAGCCCAUCGCCCGUCAAGUCAAUGAGUAUUGUGGCAGAGGAGCCCCCGCGGUGGAGUCGGCCCAGGGCAGCACUCUCCUAAAAUAUGACCAGGGGUGUUUGGAUGCGUCGGCAGCAUAACGAAUGCUUAAAAUACUGGUCUGCACCCCGAGAGAAUGAGAAGCCAUUCACGGAGCCGGAGCGGGCCCAGAGAUGGCGACAGUCGCUGGCCUCUCUGCUCUUCAUCACCGUCCUGCUCUCUGAUCACCUGUGGUUCUGCGCCGAGGCCAAGCUGACGCGGACCCGCGACAAGCGGUCGGACGAGGGGCACGCUAUCUCGGACGCGGGCGAGAAGAAGCCAAACUCCCCCCAACCACAACACGUCCCAAAAACACCCGACCCCCGCCGCCUCGCCAGAGAGCAAGAUGUUAUUUUUAUAGGGAAUUCUACCAAACCUCUGUGGCGGAUGGACACCUGUCACCCGGACAGCGUGUCCAGAGACUGCUUCACUUUCACGGACGCUCUGACUGUGUGCCUGGGCCUCUCUGGCGAAGAAGAAGAGGGGACACAGUCGGCGUACGUGAAUCUGAGCGAUUUGUACCUUUCUUUUUGUAAUUCCUACUCACUUUUGGAUUUGUUUUACGGGUUUACGAGUCCAGACGUUUUGAAUUGCUCCCUGGAUACGGCCAUGGGGGUGGAUCUGCUGGGGUGCGCGGAAUGUGUCCGGGCUUAUCAGCGUCUGGAUCGGCAGGCGGAGGAGAACUACAGGGAGUUUGAGCUGCUGGUUCAGAAGUACGAGACGGACGCGUACUCAGUCAGGACGUGCAUGGAUGAGUGCAAGAUGGUUUAUAAGCCCUGGCUGUGUUCUCAGUACUUCCAGACCACCCAGAUACACUGCAGCAAUCGAAUCCCCUGUGGCCAGUACUGCCUGGAGGUUCAACAGCGCUGCCCCUUUGUCCUCCCUGACAAUGAUGAUCUCAUUCAUGGGGGCAGCCCAAGUUUUGUAUGCACAGGGUUGCUGGAAGUAUACCCAUCAGGUGUUGACCCAAAUGCAGAGUGCUGUGACGUGCGGUGGGAUUCAAAAGUGGACAACUGUUCCAGAGGGACCCUAAAAAGAACUCACCCGCCAUGCCAGCAUCGUACCUCCCUCAGCUCCUCUGCAGCCUGCAGACUGUGUAACAGCCGGCUCAAACUCUGCCUGCUGGUCCUGGUCCUCCUACACACUGUUGCCAGCCUCACUGCAUCCCACAAUACAACAGGACUAGGCCUCCCCACCUUCACGCCUCUGGAGGAGAGCCCUGCCAACGAAGAGUGAUGGAGCAGCUGAGCGGAUGUGAGGUCGCAGAAGGUGGGGGUGGGGGAUUCCCUCACCAUAGCAACCAGCUUGGAAAAAUACAACGGUUGAUGCGAAAGGCUGGAGCUGUGUGCCUGUAGACAUACUGCAACACUUUAUGAGAAACAAAAACACAUGGAAUGCUUUGAGAUGAGAGACCCUUAAAUCAAUCAAAACAUAGAAGUGACUAAAGAAACAAUCUCCCACAAACUAAGGGAUACAAGAUGUCCCUUUGGUAGAAAAAAGGGACAAUGCCACAACCUUUGUUGAGAGGGAAGGUCAGCUUCCUCGUGGCUGAGUUUCUCUACGCUUUUUUACACUGUGUUCCAAUUAUUGGUUUCUGUUGCACUGGCUGACUAAGGAAUAACAUAAUCAUAUUCUUUCUCUAAUGUUCAUUAUUUGUCUCUUUUGUGGUUCCCUCAUUCAGGAACAAAAUGAUUCCUCUAAGAAAGACAGAAAAUGUGGAAAAAAAAAAUUAGCAGCAAGUGUGCGUGUGUGUGUGUGUGUGUGUGUGUGAGAGAGAGAGAGGAAGAGAGUGAGAGAGAAUGCGCGGAUGUUGCUAUGCCAAAAAGUCUAUUUAAAAGGCUAAUGAUUUCAUGGAGAACCCCUCAGAUUUUCUCUGCUCCUCCAUGGGGGUUUGGUCAUAUUCCUGUCAGGAUUUCCUUGGGUUUUAAUGUGGUUCUGACGUCCAUUAAAAUGUAUUUGUUUAACUAAGGCUUACAGGCCUUCUUCUAACUUAGUUUUGCGAGACAAUAUUCACCAGAUAACACAAUUUAGUAUCAAAAUACUUUUUUUGUGUUCCAUUAAAAGCAAACACUGGGCUCAGGAAAGUUUUCUAAUACUAUUUAAAAUGUUUCCUUAACUAACCAUUGAUUUUCUUAUGCUGACUUUAAAGACACUUAAUUUUCUCUAAAUCUAAAUGAGGAAAGUCAAAUUUGACAUUCCCUUAUGGUGAAAUCUCAAAUGGUACUUUGCAAUUGCACUCGGUUAAUUUUUUUUUUUUAAUUCAAAAUUCAGACACCUUUAUUUUUCUGUAUCUAUUAUCUGUUUUAUUUUUCAAAUGUGAGGUGGUGAACGAAAUAGUUUCAUUUUGGUACACUUUAUUUAACCCUCGCACUAUCCAAUUUAGACCCCACAAGUUUAUUACGACUUUUACUCAGAAAAAAUGUGUGCAUGGUUCAGCGGGGUCUCUCUGACCACACAAGAUAUUUUACAAGUUCUUUUUUGUUUGUGUGUGUGGUUUUAAGAAUUAACUGUCUUACAGGACAACCCUUGACCCCCGUUUUCCUGUUGUCUGAAGACUACAUUUGUAGCGCUCAUCCUGAGCAUCACUGAGUUGGUACCACUAUUCACAACACAUUCUCACUCCCGACUCAUCAUAUAUUGACGAGUUGGAACGCCUUCUGACCAUGCGUCACAUAUUUACGCGAAGGGUACCCCUUUCGCAUCAAUACUUGACGACUUGGGCAGGUUCCUUCAGCGUCACAUGUUGACGAUUUGGGAAGGUCGCAUGUUUUACAUGGAUUAUUCACGCGAAGGUUUCUCGCAAACAUCGAACCUUCAAAACCCCACGAUUGGUUAGGUUUAGGGAAAAAAUUAUGGUAAGGCAUAUGGUAAAACCCCUUGCGUCACAUAUUGACGCAAAAGGGGUACCCCAUGCGUCAAUAUAUGACGAGUCGGGAGUGAGACUGGGUUGCUAUUCAACAGUCGCCUCUUGCUCAAUGCAUUGCAUUUUAUCCCACCUCAAGAACACAAAAAGAAGAGUUCCUCCAUUUUAUAUGUUAAGGGGGGCGGUGCCCUGUGCAUAAAUUGCCCAGGGUUCUAUUUAUGCUUGAUCCGUCUUUUCCAAAAACACAAAGUACUAGACUUGAACAUCUUAGAGAUUUUAAGCUCAAGCCCUAAUUCAUUCAAGGACAACAUGAUGACUGGAUGUUAUAUUAAUCGCUUUGCAAAACUAGCAAACCACAACUCUCAUUCAGGUUUGUUAAAUUAUAAUUUGGCUAUCUGCCAUGAUGUGUAGUCUUUGCUCAUCUCUAAUCACAAAGGCAGUUUCAAUCAGUUUACCUCAGUUAAGCUGGAGCAUGAGGGCUCUGCAAGAAGAGGCCACUUGUAUUGUCAGAACCACAUUUAAUCCCAAAUCACAUCCGGUAGCAUGCCCACUGUUUGUAUUUCUUUACUUUAAGCAUCACAGAUUCCAUUAUGUAAAGGGCUUAUUAUGAAAUACAGAACAAACAUUGUCAUUCAUAGUCAGACACAUUUAAAAGUCACUUGUUUUACCUUUUGCUUGCCGACAGAGAGGAUGACAAUGCCUCAUUCUUAUUUUCACGGAAAUUCAUUCAACUUCAGUGCAAAAGGCCUUUUUUACUGCAGUUGGAAAUCAGGAGCAGAAACAAACACAGAGAAAGGAACAUGUCACUGUUAAUGAACGCUCAAAGUCAGUUCAGUUUACUUAUUUAUUAAGCCUGGGAUGUGUGAGCUUAGAAAGAAAUGGUGUGACUUUAAGGGCUGACCUCUUUCCUUGGUUCUGUUUCUAUUUUGUGUCUCUUUGAUUAACGUGGCUGGGAGAUCAGGUAUCUGCUAAGAGCAAGGAGAUGUUGCUGGAUACAUUUAUUUUCGCAUUCCAGUUUGUUUAUUAUAUGAAAUGUUCCGUCCAGAAUCUGAUGUCAUCAGGUUAUAACAUUAUAUGGUGAAUUUACGUCCAUCUUUAUUCCAUCUAUGUCAAUAUAUAUUUAUAUACUGGCUUAUCUUUACAUUUGCUGCUCAGACAUUGGCCCAUAGUACUCUUCACUAUUCUUGUUUGCAUGAUAAGCUCCCCAUCCACCCAUCCUGGUUUAAGUUGUCUACAUCAGUGACAAUAAUGCUGCUAUGCUAGGCGCCACAACUAGAUGAGAGAUAUAUUUAUUCUUUUAUAUUAUUGCUGCUGCUGGAGGCCUACAGUACGAGAACUGUUAGAUGGUUAAGCUCUGGGAGAUUUUUUUUUUUACCCCUUAACUUGUGUGUAGAAGGGUGCUGCUGCUGUUAUGUCUGUACUUCUGUAUAUAUUUUAUUUUAUUUUACUUUAUUUAUUUAUUUUUUCAGUUUAGGUUUGUUAGUUAUUCUUUUGCUCUGAGCUAAUUGCAAACAUCUUCACAUUGGGGUUGCUAGAUGGAUACUACUAAAAAAAGCUGUCUUCAGACUGCAGGGAUAUACAAUACUAUUAGAUUUUGCCCUGCAGCCCUGCACUCGCAUAAAAUAUACAUUUCAAACAUUACUUUUGACACUAGUGUCAUACUCAAAUUUCUCUUUUUUCUUUGCUCUCCCCAGUCUGAAAAAAAAAUAAAAAAUCCAAAAUCUUACAAAAUUAAGUAAAUAAGAUCGGAGGCCUGGGUAAAAGGAAAAUGAGCUUCAUCUAUUGCCAAGGUUACCCCUGUUUUGAGUUACAUGUUGCAAAUUCACAUCCUGAUUUUCACAUCUGAAGAAAAGAUUCUCACUUUUGUUUGUAGAAUCUCUCAGUUAGCAAUGCAUAUGACACAAUAUGAUCACACAAACUUUAUGUUGCCAACGUUAAAAGUACAAGUAGAAGAUCCAAUUUAAGUGACUUACAAGAAUUGGCGGUUUUUGAUAUGGACAAUAUGACUUACCACACAGACUGUCAUUUUGACAGCGCAGCAGAAACACAAUAAGUUGUAUAUGCAGCUCUGAAAAAAAAAUUUAAAAAUCAGUUUCUCUGAUUUUACUUUUUAAAGCAGUAUGUCUGAGUAAAAUGGACAUUGUUCUUUUAUUCAAUGAACUACUGACAACAUGUCUCUGAAAUUCUAAGCAAACGUAGUAUUUAUUUGCAGAAAAUGAGAAAUGGUCAAAAUAAUGAAAUCCAUGCAGCGCUUUCAGACCUCAAUUGAUGCAAAGAAAACUAGUUCAUAUUCAUUUAGAAAUAACAACACUAAUAUUGUAACUCAAGCAGAGUUUAGAAAUCAAUAUUUGGUGGAAAAAAAACAUGAGGUUUUCAAUGAGGUUCAGUGCAGUGGACUCUUAAUUUUUUCCAGAACUGUUUAUACAAAAUUUAUUACAUUUUUAUAUGUUGUGUUUAUGCAUACAAUAAAAGUGGGAAGGUAAUUUUUCUAGAAUGACUCCUCCGUUGAUAAUUUGCACAUCCUGACAAUGAGGAAUGGGCCCCAUCUGUGUUCUGCACUGUGUAAACACUAACUGAAAAUAUGGCUGGACAAUCACCGAUCACACAAAAUGCCAUGUUGGACAGACUCCGCACCUCUCUCGACAGCUAAGAAUAUACAAAUAAAUAAUAAACAAAGCUUCAGUACGAACAUACAAAUACAAAAGGAGUAAAAAUAAUUGGAAAACAGCUGCCUGGUUUGAUCUGACUCGGUUUUAGAUGUGACAUUUGAAUGUUAGAUUCAGAAAUGAAUGAAAACAAUAAGAAAGCCUGGAUCUGCCUGGGAGGAGGAAAGUGAUCAGACAGGGCACCAUUCUUGCAAGUGAGUUCACUUUAUCAGUUAUAUUAAGAGGCAUGCUUGAGAUGCAUCAUAGUUCUAAACAUAGACAUGGAAAGCAUGUUGGUAUUAUGCAUCUUCAUCGUUGUUGCAUGGAUGUGAGUGCCGUCUAUAGGUUGUCCCUUUAACCCAAUCCUUUCAUGCAUAAACAUCAACUAUUUUCAUUUUUACAUGCAAGAGAUCUUCAAACAAUAAAAUUAAUUGAAUCAUUCUUUGUUGGUCAUGUUGGUCUUGGAGGCAUGCAUGCAACAAAUACUUCUUACUUUCAAUGUAUGUUUAAUUCUGUCAGAAUUAUAUGGCUUUACACUUAAAGAAAGCAGUGUAAGCUCAUUUAAAUCCAGUCUUCAUCCAUGGAAAUGGUCUGUAGCAGCUGUACGCUCUGUCAUCUUCCAUCACAUAUAAACUAAAUUUCUGUGGUUUGUUCCUACAUAUUUAAACUAUUAUUGCCUGUUGGCCUCAGCUCAAGUGAACCUAUUCAAAUGAACACAAAUGUUUUACUUUCUCUGUCUUUACAGCGGUUCCUUUCUCUUUCCCGUGGAUCUAUGCAGAAGCUCAUUUCCUUUUUUUUUGUUGGUUGUAAUGGUGUUCCUUAGUAUGCUGAACAAUGUAUGUCUCUCCUUGUCUUAUUUAAGUUACUGCCUUGUUACUUUCUUCUUCUGUUUCUCUGAUUUGAUUUGAUUUGAACGUCUUAAAUCACUGAUGUUUGAAGACAGUGUGGCACAGUUAGACCAACAGAUUUCACCCUCAGCACCACAGCCUUUUUGUGAAAGACUGUGAUUCUCUGUGUGCGAAGGUAAAAAGUUUAUUAUUCUAGAGAUGAAAAAGGCUCAAAUACAUAUAGAACUACCAUUGCGAUUAUGAUUAUUAUUACUAUUAUACUACCAGUAUAUUGUAAUAUUAUAGAUGCUUUAGUUCAAGUAACUUCUUAAAUUUUUUUUACAAACAACUUUGAGAUGAAUGAUUUAUAAGAGUCUCACAGGUCAUGAUCUUUUUGAAAAGUAUGAA